GAAUUUCAUUCUAUUUUCCCUUGCUGGUUGGUCAUUGUCCAUCAUACCCAACAGAUAGCAAUGCUAUCCUUAUUUAUCAUAUAAUAAAAAUACACAAAAUGACAUAGUUUUAAAGGAAAAGCCUCACCUUUUUAUUGUGGUAAUCAAGGUGUGUUACACGCAACAUUGUGAAUUCAUAUCGACAUACACGGUAUACGGUAUACGGUAAGCAGUCAAAUCAAUAGGGAAACAUUAAGCAAAGAAGAUGAAAAAAAAACAGACACGAAACCUUAAGUCAUAUAUCGAUUAAUCAUACCACAACAAAAAAAAAACGAUUCAUUAAAUCUUUGUAAUAGAGCUCAUUUGCUAAUAUCAUAAAGGGAAGACGGGAAAGAUAGACAACCAUUCAUAGAGAAAAUAUGUCCACAGCCAAGAGAAAUUUCUAUGAAAUCUUGAAUGCAACACCCAAUGCCACAUUUGAAGAGCUCAAAUCAAACUAUAAACAAUUGAUUUUACAAUGUCAUCCGGAUAAAUUACAACAGCAACUACAAAAUGACACCAACACCACCACUGCUGCUAUCAACGCCACAGAUAAAUUAGAAAAUGACCUUAAUAAUCAAGAAUUCGUUGGCUUAACAGAGGCAUGGAAUUGUCUUAGAGACCCUUUGAAGCGCAAACGCUAUGAUGCUGAGCUAUUGCUAAAUAAAUUCCAUACGCACAGCAAUGUCUAUGCCCACAUACAAUUGAAUGAAAUGAAAAAGUGUACCAUCACUGAAAUUGAACUCGAACCCGAACUCAGCUAUGGACAGGCCCCAGCAGUAGUAGUCACACAGCCAGCAGCAGGGGGAGUUGAAAAUCACAAAGAAGACCAAGCAAGAAUGAAAAACGACUGCGGUGGCAGUGAUGCGAACGCUGAAUCGUAUAUUUAUACAUAUGACUGCCGUUGUGGCGGUCAAUAUAUUGUUGAUGAGUCAGCUGAACAAUAUUGCCGCAAAGUCAAUAGGAGUAAAACAAACGCCGCAUCUACUGUGGCUGGUGCUGGUGCUGAUGAUGACGCAGACAUCAGCCCAAACAAUAAAAAUCCCAAGACCGCUUGUACUGGUACUGCUGGUGUAAGCAUGGGUGCUCAUGUUGAUCAUACGCUUGAUGGAGGCGGUGACCAUGGUCAUGGUGGGGGAGGUUUUGCUUCAAGUAAAUAUCUAGAAGAGGAAGAAGGCAGCGACGACGGUGACAGCGAUUUGAUUGUUGAGUGCAGUGAAUGUUCUUUGGUGAUUAUAUUAAAUAGCUGAAAUAGCAGCAGCAGCAGCAACAACAACAACAGCAACGAAAACACCAGCCAGCAACCGCAAAGAAAACAGAAAAAAAUCUGAAACAUUUCAUAAUUUGUCUUUUUUGUUUGUUUUCCCAUAACAAAACAAUCAACAAAACAUCAGAACAAUAAAACUUGAGCAAUUUUGUAUUGUUUUUAAAUAAAAAAAGCAAAAACAAAUCUGACAUUAUUA